UUUAAUUUCAAAAAACAUUUAUUCGCCAACAAAAAAGUUUUGCUUGCUAAUUUUUAGCAUUUUGUAUGAAUUUUAUUUAAACAAAUCAAUUUUAUUAUUUAACUGCAUGAAUUAUAUUUUAAUUUAAAACUCCUAACAAUGUCAAAAUCAUCAAUGGAUGUAUCAAUUUCGUAUGUUCGUGAUUUUAGUCAACAAGCUGAAAAUUACAAACAUUUUAAAUUAGAAGAAAAUCUGAUUUUAUUGAAUCGAAGUGCUUCUCUUUUAAGUACAACAGUCCAACCACAACACUUCGCGCCGAAUUGUCUGGAAAUCUCGAAAUUCUUUGUGGACCUUCAUGCCGUCAUCGAAAUCCUUAAUCCUGACUCGGAUGUCAUGUGGUCAUGCAUCACAGUCCUACAACAUUGUUCCAAGAAUCUCGAUUGUCGUCGCGCCAUUGUCAACGAUUAUCGAUUUGUUCCUCUGUUGGCUUCAGUUUUGAAGAAGACUGCAGCUCAGGACAAAGUUCAGCGUAUCCUCAUAAUCAUCCAGGAUCUUACCUAUGGCAUCAGCAUCACCUGGGAGGAGCCCUAUCUCACCAGCUUGGUCGAGUCCCUUGUCCAGAUCAUCUAUGCCGAACAGGAGCCACAAUCCCAGUUGGCUCUUUCGAUUCUUAUCAAUCUUUGCUACAAGAACUUCCCAGUGUUGUUUUUGUUCCUCCGAACUGUGAACAUCUCGAGUUUCAGUCGAAAAAUCACAAGUUAUGGAGUUCUGGCGAAUAAGAUGAUGAUCAUCCUCUCGGAGGACAUCAACUCGCCGGAGGUCAAGGAGCUGCAUGUCUUUGUUCGCGCCACAUUUGGAACUAUCGACGAAUGCAUCAAAACCUGGAAUGUUCCCUAUCUGAGGCAUGUUGUGGAAUUCCUUCUGGAUUCGAAGACACACAAAAGCCUUCAUCUAGCUAUGACGACCUACGAGAGUUACUGCGACGACAUUGAGCGGCUUCUGGAUCAAAUUGAUGGUCGCUCUGAAAUGGAUGACUCCACGGAAGAGUCUCGCAAAGCUCAGCAACUUUGCAUGUCGCUGGUAUUUCAGUUGAUUAGGUAUGUCCUCGAGCUCGCCGAACAUCCCAACGAGGAUGGCUCGGAGAGUCGAAUCAGCUUGGAGUCAAUUAUCCUCAGAAUCAGUGAAAUGUUGGGACAAUGGAUCGAGAGCGAUUUGGCUGGAAUCGAUGCAGUAAGGCUGCUUGAUAUUCUCAUCCGGACAACCACCAAGGAGAGUCUCAUAGUGAAGAUCGCUAAAGACGUCCAUCUCAUCUCACAGCUCAUAACCAUCUCGGAGAAGCCUGACACCAAUUCUCAUCAUAUCACAGCUAUCCUUCAACUUAUCCUGACCCUCCUGAGUAAACAAAAGACCGAAAAAUUGAUUCUUUCAAAAAUAACAGAGUCAUACUUCGAUAAGAUGUUCGCUCCGCUCCUCAACAUGCGUCCAGAGAUGUUCACUUGUUCCUCGUUGGCUGUGGAUGUUCUGGAGAAAUCCAUAAUGUGUUUGUUGUUGUUGAUUAAUUUCGCUGGAAUCGCGAAAAAGGCUUAUUUCGAGAAGGUCUGCUCGUUGAUGCAAAUGCAACAAUUUCAAUUUGCCAUGGCCAAGGCAAUGAUCUCGGGAAGUGAGAUGGUUUGUGAUGCAAUCUUCCAGAUUUCACAAUUCGAACAUUUUCCCAGGAAUGAAGUUGCUAAGUUGUUGGCUCAAUUGAAUACAACAGUGAGUCCUAAGACACCCUACGACCAGUGGCCGAAUUUGAAUUCAAUCCUCAAAACUAAUCAAGCUUUGGUUAGCAAGGAUUUGGAGGAGAGACUGAAUGCUUUGAUUGAACUUAUAUCCACAGCAAAUGCUAAUUCACAGAUUAAUAAUGUGGCAACAUCGCAAUUGAUUGAAUUAUAUAAUCACAAAAUGAAUAUUCUGAAAGGUUCUGAAGGUUGUAUGAAUAAAAGACUUCAAGAUGCAAGUACAGAGAUAACACAUUUAUCACAAACUGUGAAUUUACAAAAGGCUGAGUUGGAGAAGUAUCACACAAUGAACUUUAAGUUGCACAUCAAUCAAGAGAGAUUACAAACCCAAUGUAAAGAUCUCACUCAUCAAAAGGAUAACCUCAAGACUAACAUAACAAAUCUAAUGAAAAAAUUAAGUGAGCAAACAGAUGCACUGAAAAUCAAUGAGAAACGCCUAGAAGUCAAGGUGUCCGAAAUGAUUGUCCUCCAAAAAGACUACAGCGAACUGAAAUCCGAUUUUGAACAAAAGACUGAAGAACUCGAACGUCUGCAAGCCACAACCAAGGAACACACCCAUCGUAUUGAGAAGCUCAAGAAAACUAUCGGCGCUUAUGAGAACGAUAUCAAAGAGAAAACACGCAAUUUGGAAGAGAAAGAUCGUGAAUUGGCCAAAACACAAAAAUCCCUCGAAGAACAAAAAGAAGCAAAGAAAAAAUCCGAAAGUGUUAUAUCGUUUUUGGAGAAUCAACUUCAAGAAAAGAACGAAGCAAUUCGCGGCUAUGAAAACGAACUACUCGAAACUGAAGAAAUGCGAAAGACUAUUUUAAGUUUGAUGGAAAGCAAAAGGCCCAAAAGAAAAGCUUAGAAAUAUGGCAACACCCCGCGCGCCGCAGCCGGCAUCAGAUUUUUUUAAAUUUUACUUUUUUUUCCUAAUUUGGAAAGAAUUUUAAAAUAAUUUAUAAGAAUUAUAAUGCAAAAAAAAAAAAUAAAAC